UUUGCCUUUCUUCCUUCAGUUUCUCUCUUUUACUUGUUGCCCUAACCCUUACUGGUUCCUUCAGUUUCCUUCCUUUCUUCCCGCCAUAUCUUAUUUUCAAAGCCCUCGUUUCGCUGAGAAUGGAGUAUCCAGCUAUUUUACCACACUCUAAUCUGAAUGAAGAAACUCUGAUUGUCGACAAGAAGUCCAAGAGGAACAACAAAAAUGCUGUAAAGAAGAGAAAGAGGUUGACUGAAGUUCGAAUAGUUUCCUCUUAUUUCUCUAGCUCAAAAGGAGGUGAACGGGUUGAAAAAGCCAAGAGGAAAUCCAAAAAUUUGAAAGCAGAACAUUCAGCUAGUGUGAACUAUGUUUCUUCUUCUCGAAAGGUCUCUCCAUACUUCGAGAAGGGGCCUAAAAUAGAAGAAAGUACAUUGGAAAAUAAAUCUAGUGGCCUAAACUAUGUUUCUUCUUCUCGAAAGGUCUCUCCAUACUUCGAGAAGGGGCCUAAAAUUGAAGAAAGUACAUUGGAGAACAAAAAUGCUGAAAAAAAAGUUCGAAUAGUUUCCCCUUAUUUCUCGUGCUCAGAAGGAUGUGAACGGGUUGAAAAAGCCAAGAGGAAAUCGAAAAAUUUGAAAGUAGAAGAUUCGGCUAGUGUGAACUAUGUUUCUUCUUCUCGAAAGGUCUCUCCAUACUUCGAUAAGGGGCCUAAAAUAGAAGAAAGCACAUUGAAAAAUAAAUCUAGUGGCAGUGAAAAACCGAUUACAGUUAAAAGAACCCUUUCGGCUUCUGAGAAGCGGGAUGAGGCAUAUGAAAGAAGAACUCCUGAUAACACAUGGAAGCCUCCGCGGUCUGAGAUUGUUCUCCUUCAAGAGGAUCACGUUCAUGACCCUUGGAGGGUGUUGGUUAUAUGCAUGCUUCUCAACAGAACUACCGGUCGGCAGGUAAAAAAGGUUUUACCAAAACUGUUCAAGUUAUGUCCAGAUGCAAGAUCUUGUACACGAGUGUCAAAUGAGGUAAUUUCAGAGAUAAUAAAGAGUCUAGGUUUUCGAAAUAAAAGGGCACUUAUGUUACGGCGGUUCUCUGAGGAAUACUUGGAGGAAAGAUGGACACAUGUAACUCAACUCCAUGGUGUUGGCAAGUAUGCAGCGGAUGCAUAUGCUAUAUUUUGUACAGGAAAGUGGGAUCGAGUGAGACCUGCAGAUCACAAGCUAAACGAGUAUUGGGAAUGGCUCUGUGAAAUUCAAGCAUAAAUUGUGAAAGACAUUGGAUGAAAAAAUGAAAUUCCUAAAUUAUUCAUAUUGGCGUCUGUCUCUUUGUAUUUGUGUACUGAUGAUGGGAAAGUCCAUAUUUGCCUCUUAACUUUUUAUGCUUUUUUCUUUUUGUGUAUCUUUUUUCUUUUGUCAAAGGCUUAGAGGUAGACAAAAGAUAUCCUUGUUUUUUGGCAAGCGCAAGUCCAA